AAACACUUGCUACACAAGUUACGUGACGAGGGACACAGUCACUUGAAAGUCACGAGCUUGUGAAGUGUUUUUGGUUCGCCUGAAUUUGCAGUAGUUUCUUCAUCUUCUGCUUCUCAUUAUGUUUUUAACAAAAUUGUGUUUGCUUGUUUUCGCAGUCGAGACAGCAAAUUAUGUCUCAUUGUUCGUUAACGCCUCGCGUGAAACGGUGAAUUCAGCUACUGGUACGUUUCGCUUCGCCAAUAUUUAUGGCGACCACAUGGUUCUUCAAGCAAAGCCGUUCAGUGCCAUGGUUUGGGGAUUUGGAGAAAUCGGACAGACAGUUGAUGUACGUUUUGGAAACGAAUUUCUUGAAACCAAGGUGAUAGAAGGUCUGUAUAGUCUGUAUCGAAUUUUGAAUUGGUGAUAUUAAUUUGGACAUCGAUCCGGGCAACAUACAGCUGUAUAGGAGCAUAGGAAAUAUUUGCACGGAAAGCAAAAACAAUAAUAGUUGAACGUAAGAUACGAUAACGUUUUGAUGCAAAACGGUUUAUAAACAUUGAAACUUUGAACUUUAAAUUCUUCACAAGCAGUGACGGCGGGGUGUGUGUGUGUGUGUGUGUGUGUGGGGGGGGGGGGGGUAGCAUUCUCUCCCCCGCUUUUGGAAUGCUAAUUAUCUUCUUGAUUUGAAUUGAGGGUUUUCAUGGACAGCAUGUCAUUUUUGAAGGCACUUUGUCCAGAGUGAAAAUGAAAUCAUUGCAUGUUGGGGGGAGGUGGAGAUGCAAAUUUCCAAAAUCAGGGACUCCCUCUCAAAACAAUCUCUUCCCCAAGUAAAAUGCCCUGUUAACAGCCGUAUUCAAACUUUGUCUGACAUUUGAAAAUGUUGGAUCUUAGGUGCCAGUGGUUCUGGUGUGUGGAAAGUUACACUCGACGCUCAAGAUGCUGGAGGCCCAUACACCAUCAACGCCUCCUCAAAAGUGGGUAACACCUCCUCAUCCAUAAGCCUGGCUGAUGUGCUGUUCGGUGAUGUUUGGUUAUGUAGUGGGCAGAGCAACAUGGCCUUCACAGUUACUCAGGUACAGAUGUGUACAUGUAAGCUCUUGUCUAUGUAUGGAAUACACAGCACAGUUUGCAACUAAUUCAUGAUCAAGUUGGCAUAACCAGGGCCCAGUUGUUCAAAAGGGGGAUAGUGCUAACCACUGGAUAAAUCUUAAUCCACUGGAUAGUGCAAUUUAUUGGUUUCCCUAAUACUUAUCCACUGGAUAGUGAUUUAUCCAGACAGUGGAUAGCACUAUCCAGCUUUUGACCAACUUGGGCCAGGUGGUUGAUGCUGUCCUCUAGAUAAAUCUUUUCCAGGUAUAAUGCAAUAUCAGUUUCCCUACCACUUAUAUCCAUGGGAUAGUGAUUAACUUAGGCUAUCUGAUGGUCUGAGUUCUAUUGGUGGCUGAAACAUUGUUGCGGUCCAAAGUCGAAAACUCAAACUCGGCAUAUGUUAAACUAUGUCUUUAUUCCAUAAACAUUGCAGGUUUCCAAAGAGAAAUAAGAUCUCAUCCGAGUCAACUUCAAACAAAUUCACGAUUAAGUGGGUCCAAAUAAGGUCAAGUAUCCUACGCACAACGAGUUAGGUUUUCUAGAAUCAAAAUACAAGCUUAUAAUGAGUUCAGUGUUCGAAAGUUCGUAAGGAAAAGGCCGAAAUAUAAGUCAGAAAACUUACCGACUGUUUUGAGUUGCACGAAUACACUUCCAAAAUGGCAAACUUACAAAGAGUCAGGUUUCAAAAAACACGUGGUUACAUUGCAGGCACGAAAUACGUGCGCAGCGGUAGUAACAAACAUACACUACCACAUUCCUUAACCAUUUAAUUUUUGACUGUUUUGAAGGUCUUUUAAUGAGACAAAACGUUUGUGGCGAAAAUUACAUUUAUCUGAUUGGCCUCUUUCACUUGAAUUGUUUGUUUUCCCAUUGCAGAGCAUUGACAAUUUCAAUGCCUCCCCUCUAGGUUUUGGGUGGAAUUUUGAUUGACAAUAAAUAUUGAAAGAACACGUGACAGUGAAGAAUAUUAAAAGACGUUUUCGAGUUUUUUCACGUUGAGAACAGUUGAGUUAAUGUUUCUGUGUUUUAUGGUGUUGACUAAGUGUUUGCGUUUAGCCAUCAAUAAUUAUUCUUCGACAGAAAUUUCUCUUUAAAUUAUGACUACAUACAUAAUACAUGUACAUGUGAGAAAGGCAAAAAUGGAAAGAAACAGCUGGUAAAUUGAAAAAGUGAAUUAACAAACCUAAAAGCUUAAAAGAGCUCUGUUGUCUUGUAAAACCCACAUUAGGUUGUAAAUGCUUCAGAGGCUAUUGAAGAAGCUGACCAUUAUCCUGACAUCAGACUGUUUACAGCAAGCCUCAUAGCAUCCGACACUCCUCUUUAUGAACUUCAAGAAGUUAUGCAACCAUGGAGUGUAGCCUCUUCUAGUAAGGAACUGAAUUUUUUUGCCAGUUAUAAAUGAAAAUUUGAUGGUUAACCCCAUCUCAAAUAUUUGAGAUAUGAUAGACCUCUAUAGCUUGUAUGUUUUGUUUUCCCAAUGAAGGUCGCAGGGGAAUUUGCCCCUUUGUCUUUUCAUAAAUUAUGCGCACAUACGCUGUAUGCAAGUGAAGACAAAAUUUGAAAGAAACAGUUCUCUGGAGUACUAUCACAUGUGGGAAAAUAGAAGACGGAAGUUCAAGGGGACUAAUAAGAAUCCACAUUUUGAAGUUUUAGUUUCUACUUUUAUGUUUUAAAAAGUCACAGGUGCUCAGAAUAGUUUCUUGCCUGUGUAUAAACAAGGCUGUGCUCUAGUAGAGCCUCGUGGCCCCUGGCGCCCGACUUUUGCUCUCGGGUGCAACUAGAAAUUCUUAGUUCUUCCAUACAAAUCAUAUGCUGGGCGCCCAUGCUGGGCACUCUAGAUCUUGCAGGCUCAGAGCAUUGGGCUCCCUUCUAUUUAAUUUCCUUAGAGCACAUAAUUAUGCAGCCUUGUGAAAACUUGUUUCUUAUACAGACUAUUACAGGGCUUCUGAUAUUUCGCGGAAAAAAAGCAAAAUUUUGCGGGAUUUCAGGGGCAAAUUCACGGAAAAAUCGGCCGAUUUCGCGGGAUUUUCACGGGAAAAAAGUCUAAAUUGACGGAAAAAUCGGCCGAUUUCGCGGGAGAAAAGUCAAAAUUCUUAGAAAAAUUGACCGAUUUCACGGGAAAUUACGGGGGGAAACUUCGCCAAGAAACAAUCAGUAAAAAACAGCUGAUUUCGCCGGAUUUUUUUUGGCAAAGUUUGCGUCGAUAUGACCAGCGUUGUUUACUGUUUUUUUUAACAGGGAUAAUCAUUUGCUCUGUCAGCAACAGUGCCCAGUUUUUGGCAACGUUCAUCUAAAAACGCCUGGUAGUGUUGGGACGUUUUUUACUCAUUGCAGUGACGAAGUUUCAAGAUAGAUUUGGACGUUUGGGGUGAAUAAAACAGGUCUAAUAGAUAAGUAUUAAAUAUGUUUUGCUGACAUGUAUUUGGAAAUAUUUCUGGCGGAUUUCGCGGUAUUUCGCGGAAAUACUUGAAUUUCGUGGGUCCGCGACCGCGCGAAAUAUCAGAAGCCCUGCUUAUAACAUCUUUGUAUGGAAAAGAACAAGAAACAGGGGCGUAGCCAGGGGAGGGUUCCAGGGGUUCCGGACCCCCCCCCCCCUCUCGCGCCAAGGAACCCCCCUCUCCUAUUUUUAACAGUGGAUUUUAUCCCAGCAAGAGUGUAAUGGACUCUCGAUUCCUGAAAUUCUUCGUUUUGUUCUAUACUUACAAUAAGUACAGUGAACGUCAUUGUGGUAUCCAUUUGCGUUUCACUUGCAUUUUCGGAGACAUGAACAGAGUUGGGAUUCCUGUGUAACAAGAUGCACGAAGAAAACAACAUUAAAGAAAAUGUGCAAGACGCGAUGGGUGGAGAGACACGAAGCUUACGAGGUUUUGUUCGCCAUCUUCUCGUGUAUCAUGCGAGCGCUUGAGGUAAUGGCACAUGAACGUCUAUUUGCUGGCCAAUAUGGCGACGCAGCAUGGAGGUGGGACACAGACACCAAGAAUAAAGUGAGUAGACUUGCGAACGCCAUUUCAAGUUUUUCUGGCUUUUAUAAUCAGCUUGUUGACGGCAAUGAAAUGCCUUUUCGUCCUGAAACCCGCUGAGUGUAAAACUUCAGAAGAGAGAUCUAGAUGUCUACGAGGCGUACACUAACAGUAAUAAUGUCACGGACGAUCUCCAGGACAUCCGAGACAACAUCGAAGACAUCUGGACCGAGUGGUUCUAUCUGGCGGUCACUACCGCGGCAAAUGUAGGUGUUGUGCCUACCAUCCCGCGCCGGACCAAUCAGCAGCAGCAUCGCGACAAUGUACCAGCCCAGACACCAUCUGAUUACCAUAAGAGGGCAGUUGCUAUUCCCCUUCUAGACCAUCUAUAAUCAGAGAUGAAAACAUACUUCAGUCCUACUAAUAAUGCUGUCUUGUCCAGCCUCUUUAAUCUUCUUCCUGAGCUGGUAGCCGUCGGAGACAGAAAUCCUGACAUUGAAGCAGCGCUGGAGUUUUAUGAGAACUACCUACCUUCUCCUCAUAUGGUUGAUGUUGAGCUCCUGCGAUGGAAGAGAAAGUGGUGCAGCACUGAGGAUGCCGACCUUUCCACCAGUGCAGUUCAGACACUCGCAGCGUGCGAUCGAGAGUUCUUUCCUAACAUCCACACCUUGAUCCGCAUUUUGUGCACGUUGCCGAUAACGUCAGCUGAAUGUGAGCGCUCAUUCAGUACACUAAGAAGGUUAAAAACAUACCUGAGGUCGACGAUGUCAAGCGAGCGAGAGUCUGGGCUGGCCUUGAUGAACAUCCAUUACCACCGAGACAUAAAUAUCGAGGAAGUGAUAAACACGUUCGCUCAACGGCAACCAAGGCGUCUUCUGUUUGCGUAGCGUAAACGCCAAAGUCUUGUACGUACGUAAUGUAAGGAUUUUAGACCAACCGUUUUCGUUGGAACCAAUUUGGAACCCCCCUCCUAGAAAUCCUGGCUACGCCCCUGAGAAACAUAUAAAGUGUGUGGGGAUAACAUCUGUUACAGUAUUACUGCAAAACUAUUAUAGUUACCAUUACUAUUGGAUGCAUUAUUCAGCAAAGAUACGCAAUAAGGUGGCCAGAGCUUGCAACCCACAAUAUUUUGACUAGCUCUUCAGUCAGCUUGGGCAGUUCAAUAAUAUUGGGUAGAGUGUUACAUCUGGUCAUUUUUAAGGUCAGGGCUCAUGUCAUUUGUCCCUUCCAGCAUGUUUCUUUUUUCAAGCUCUUUUCAAAAGGCAUCAACAUUUCAUAGGGUCACCAUUCGUUUCCACAUGAAAUGUUGCCUGAGGAACAACUGCCGAAAUUCCAUACAGAUGGCAUGUCACUGUACCCAGGUCUGGGUAGUGCUUUUGGUUGGUUGAAGAAAAUUUUCAACCAAUCCGAAGCACUACCCAGAUCUAGGUAGUGACACUUCAUCGAUGUGGAAUUUAUUUCUGUACUCAUUCCUCAGAUGUCAUUUUGCAGGUAUUAAAACCAGUAGUGGUUUCACAACAUGUUGAUUGUUCUCUCAGGAUAGCAUGUCAGUGUUCAGUGCAAUUUGUUUUUGGAGAAUGUAAAGAUUCGCAUAACCCAUUUUCUUUAUUAAGUUAUUACUGUUUACAAAUUUGUCUCAUUUUUCAAAGAAUCAGUGAAUGGUGGUGCUUGGAAGUACUUCUCAGCUGUGUGCUGGUUUUAUGGUAAGAACAUCUAUGACCAGUACAAGAAACCUAUUGGAUUGAUUGCCACAGACUGGGGUGGUACCCCGGUUGAAUCAUGGUCAUCGCCAGACGCCCUGCGUCAGUGUAACAUAACUGGAGACAACGUAGUGGAUGUGUAAGUUAACAAAAAACUUUUACGCACUGCUGCAGGAAUUUAAUAAAGUCAGCUCUUUAUUGAUUAACAGCUCUAUGAGAUGUUCACCUUUCUAAAAUAGACACCUAGAGUUGUUCCGGAUCAUUAUACGUUUCUGGGAAACUGCCCACGUACCCCUCCCCUAAGCCAACAUUAACACUUACUUUUCAGUUAGGGGAAAAUGUUGGCUUAGGAGAGGGGUAAGCGAGCAGUUUCCUAGAAAUGUGUAAUGAUCCUUUGUUCCCUGCUGUUCUUGUGUCAUUGUCCUAGAUACUUGAACUCAUAGGCCUAGUGAUCAGGUUCAACAUUUUUCUUUUUGGAGUAGAUUAAACGUAGACAACCCACCUGAUUUUUCUUAUUACUCCACAACUUAAUACCUCUACUGUAAAAUGGAAAUUAUCAACUGGUAAGUUCCAUUUUUGUUUUUUAUGUUGUGAAAUAACGUUAAGCAAAGUACCAAGUUUUUUUUUUGAGAAAAAUUCACUUUUCAGCAUAAAACAACCAAAUCGGGCUAUUUUAAUGUAAAAUCAGGUGAAAAAUCUGCAAAAGGCAUUUUUUCGGUUUUUUAAUGUAAUUGCAAAGAUUUCACUCACGAAGAAGAGAACCUUGAAAGAGUUUUGAAAACUUCAGACUUUUUGAAAAAUAAAAUGAAGUUGAGAGCCCCUAAUGCCCUUUUUAAUGUUUGCCUAUUGAAAUCACAAAAAAAUGAAACCCCUCAAAAUACCGUCUUGCCAAAAGUGCAAAAAUUUAGCACCAAUCGUUAACAUGAGAGCAAACUUUACAAUGCAGAUGAAAGAAGAAAGAACAGGUAUUUUUAUAUACAUUUAUCUUCUUUUCCUAUUUCUUUACAGAUUCGUUUCACCCGAAGAAGAGAUAUUUAAGGGCCCCUACACACACUCAGCAUUGUAUAAUGCAAUGAUUCAUCCUUUUUUGAACAUGACCAUAUAUGGGGCUAUUUGGUAUCAAGGCGAGGCUAAUGCAGCUGCACCAUUUACGUACAACUGUACAUUUCCGGCAAUGAUUGAUGACUGGCGUUCCAAGUGGUACUACGGUACCGACAAGCUCACUGAUCCCGAAUUUCCUUUUGGAUUUGUUCAGGUAGGUCAUGGGGGGUACUAGCCUGUUGUAGGCGUCCAGACCGAACACCUGGACACCUGGAACGACUAUGAGCCAGACCUGAACACAUGGAACAGCUAUGAGGGUAGUAGACGCAUUAUUUUCAUCAUCAUUAUCAUCAUCGUCAAGUUCGCUCUCAUCAUCAAGUUAUUCUCAAUCGACCUUCGAUAAACACCCUUCGCGUUUUCUUGCUUUUCAACGUUAUUUCAGUGGAAAUUCCACAUUCAGUCACUUGAGCUACAGGCUGGACGGUCUCCCUCUCAAACUUUUUUAGUGUCAUCACGCAACGCUUGUGGGGAGGAGCGUUGCGUGACAGCACUAAAUGUUGCGAGGGUGUGUCAGUCGGUGGAGGUGGCGAGGGGAUGGGUGUUGAGGCCUGGUUGAAAGGCAGAGAAUGUCAAAGGCGGCUGUCUCAUUUUGUUUUUUUUUGGUAUUAGCUAUCAUCGUUUUACCAAAAAUCAAAGGUUGCAGAUGGCUUUCCUGUUAUCCGCUGGGCUCAGACUGCCAACUACGGUUAUGCUCCUAACCUCAGAGAACGGAAUGUAUUUAUGGCAGUUGCGAUGGACUUGGGGAAUAAAUCAGCUAUUUAUGGCAGUAUUCACCCCCCUGACAAACAAGAUGUUGGGUUUCGUUUAGCCCUUGCUGGACGAGCAGUUGCGUAUGACGAUUUGGAUGUAUAUUUCUCCGGUCCCAUUGUUUCUGAUGUGACAUUCAGUUGGCAGAUUAACACCACAUUUUGGAAAGCAAAUGUUAAAUACCACCACGAAAGUGUAGGCAAAGGAGGUAUUGAAGUGCGUGCCUUGCGCGGCUUUCAGGUUUGAGCAUUUUUUAACUAUUAAAUUAAAAUAGUUAAAUCUUCAUUGUUUAAUACCAGGGGCAAUCGUCUGAGAGAAUGGAAUUUAGACCACCGCUAAUUGUAGAUAAGAUGUCACAAAUACCAACAAAUUGGGGGAAACCAAACUCGUUGCGAAGAUGAGUAGUCUGAAAGAUCACCCUUCAGUUGUGAUUCUGAAAAAAUAUAAAUCCAUCGACUUAACAGGGGCAGCCAACGACGAUUUCUUCGUAAAUGCAUUGAAAACACUUUUUAGGCUAUCCAGAGUACUUUUACGUCUCUAGGAAUGCAUUCUAAGAGGCGCUGUAAAAUUUGUAUCUGUUCGGCUGAGUCUUUUCGAAAUCAAAAGGGCUUCAAUAUUAUCUUCCCGAACUUUUAGAUGCAAUUUGACAUAUCACGAAAGUGAGACAUUUUAUGAUUUCUCUCUCCAUCGCAUUUUUGAGUCCGAAACGUUUAGGUUUCCUUUUUUUCUACGAAAAAUAGGCUAACUUGGGAAGUGAAAUGUGAAAUUUAAAGAUGAGAAAAUCGUAGGGAAUUUAUUAGAAAAGCUUCGAAAAAAUGAACAUGAAUGGAACCGUCAGCUGGAAAUUUUUAGCCGCCCUGAAGUAAUAGAAAGUUCUAGGCAAUAUUUGCUUCUCCGAACAGAUAUUUUAUCGAAAACAGUCGUUUGGUGCCCCUGACUUAACUUCUCAGGUAUGACCCAGUCUCUGUUAGUAUAAAAGAUAUGGCAAAACGAAUACCUCAUGUCAACCGUCAGUUUUCGAAUUUCGAUUGAGUGGAUUUAAAUCUAGCCGCCCCUCCGUGGUCGUUAACCUACUCCCUCGAAACCACACUUGCGGUUUAUUUAAGAUGUUUGUAUCAUUUGGGACAUCAUCGGCACUCGAUGACUUUUCUGUUUCAUUGCUCUGCUAUAUGCAUAUUGCAAUUGUGUUAGCGAGAAUUUGGAAUUGCAUGCUGUGCUAGUUGAACAUUGCGUUUAUCCCGUCAACAACUGGUUCAAGAUUGUAUGCUGUUCUAGUUUCUCAUUCUCAGCAAGAGCUCAAGAAUGCACUUGGCGCUAGCUGCUUAUUGCACGAGUUCAUGAUUGCGUGCGGUGCCAGUUGAAAAUUGGGCUUGUGACAGCAAGAAUUUUACAGGGCUGCAUGAAGUGCCUAUUGCAAAUUAAGUUAUGCUCGGCAAGCAUUCAAGAUUGCAUGUUGCGCUGGUGUUCAUUUUUUUCUAAUUCAUAAUGCCCUCUAAGUACUCACGCAUCUAAACGAGUCAAACGGGCAAAAGUGGCUUAAGAACGUUAAUUAUUCCAGUGAAUGUGUAAAGCAUUUCGUCACCGCUGUUAACCCACCACUAACCGUGCGAAAUCGCUCGUUUGAAAUCACGUUUCUUGCAGCAUGAGAUGUGCAAUAUAUUUGUAAAUAACUCAAUAAGCAGCGAAUAACUACAAUGAAAAUCUUGUCUCUCUACCCACUUGUACCUCUACAAAAAAUAAACUUCUCUUUUUUUUCGCGUUUUCGGGAAAAUUUUUCGCAAAGACAUCAAGGGUUGUAAACACCCAGCUAAACUUAUGGACAGAAAAAAGCGAAAUUUUGAUUUUGACGCAAUUUCUUAGAAAUAUAGCUGUAUUCUCACCCCAGGAAAGAAAGCUGGAUUGGUUUCCCAUUUGUAAACAAAGAUUCGGAUAGUUUUGCCUUAUUUGUCCUGAUACUGGUAAAAUCCUACGACCGCUGCGAAAAGAAGCUGUGCUGAGAACACCAAUUUGGGUGCAACUUGGUCAUGUUAAUUUAAGACUUCAGAUGAAUAUUUUGUUCACGUACCUGAUGCAAUGGGACAAGGGUGACGCAUAUGGUCAGAGCACUCGCCCUUCAUCAGCGUGAUGAGAUUUAAAUACCAUAGUUGACUACUUACGCAGGUUGAGGUUUUGGUUGAUUCUCUCUUUGUUCCGAGGGGGUUUCUUUGUGUUACUUUACCUUCAAAACCAACACCUUCUUAUUUCAUUUCUGUCUGGAACGCACGAAGAAGUCAAGGCGGGUUCUUCGGCGGUAAACAAACUACUUUAAAAUUUACAACUCCAGGUUCAUGUAAUGGCCUUGUCUCCUCGUUCUGACGUGUCCGUGGUUAUUCGAUCAAGAUAAUCCACUUAAUAAAAAACCUUUUCUAAAGUAACCGCCUUCCAACCAAAAUAAGAAAAUUGUUUUUGAGUGGUCAAAUCAGUUCAAAGGUUGGAUUGUACUUGUUUUUCUUGUAGUACUACUGCGUAUCAUCCAGUAACCCAGCAGAAUCCAUGUUCACAGAGGCUGAGAUUAGCACAAGUGCAUUUAACAUGCUUGGUUUGUCUGGUGAAUGCCCAUCCGGUUACCAAGCAACAGGGUUAAGGUAUGCUUGGAAUGUGACACCUUGCGAGUUCAUGAACUGUGCUGUUUACAGUAAGGAGAAUGAAUUGCCAAGUCCUCCCUUCGUAUGGAAUGCACCAGAUGUUCAGCCAACCAAGUGAUUGUCAGUCGUAACCGCUAUUCACCCCCUUCCCCAAAUAGUCAAUAUCUAAGAAAUCCUCAAUUUCAUAUCAAGUAGAAGUACCGCUAAAAAGGUUUAAUUUGCAUGGUUACACUGCAAGAACUCGUCACCAGAUUCCAUAGUUAGCAGCAAAUUACGUGCCUCCAUGAUAGGCUCCUAGUUGCGCCCCUACGAUUGAAAGGGGUGACCGGAUUGCUCUCACGUUUUCAGCCUCGAGCGAGGCAAUUUGAAACGUCUUUUCGCACCGGAUUUUUUUAUGCAGCUUUAAUCUAAGUUACCGAACUUUUUCAAAGUUUGCUAGAUGUCCUUAAAUUUUGAUAUUUGUAAAGCCUUAGUGGAAAUGUCACUCAACGAUUUCCUUGACUUUUUAAAGACGUUUCCCAUCAGCAACGAUCAGUU